GAAUAGAAGAAGAAAAGAAAGAAGAAGAAGACUGAAUUAAAUAGGGAUUGCCAUUGAAUGCUGAGCAACAUGAAUCAAGUUGCGGUUGAUAUUCCUCAUCCAGUUCAUACUUUCUUCAACAAGCCGUGUAACAUAAUACCGUCGCCUCUAUCGCGUUCUCAUCGCACAAGAAAUCGAUCUGCAUUCAACAAAAACAACUGCUCCGCCCACCUUCGUUCUCCAUUUCCAGAUAGAAAGACAGUUGAUGAGCCGUCACUUGUGGAAGAGGAUGCUGUUUCUGAUGGCGGACAGUUACCAGCAUUUCCACACAUACGAUCUCUUGGGAACUUUCCAAGGGAGGAGCUAUUCGGAAAAGUUGUCAUGGUCAGGUUCGAUAAAAUGGUCAUACUCGAUGGAAUGAGGAAAAAUCAGCCAUUGCCAGCAAGUUCUUUUUCCACCAUUAAGUACUUAUAUGAGUCUGGAGCAAAAGUGAUUCUGGUCAGUAGCUGGAAUGAGAUUAUAAAUCCCAUGCUUCAUUCAAAAGCACACCUCUCUUCCGAAUCUGUUGCAGAAUUCCUAUCAUCUAUGCUUGAAGUUGAAGUAGUUACUGUGAAACUUGUUUGUGGAUACAUGCUUUUAGAUAUGGGAGAUAGUACAACACCUCACAUUUGCCUGCUUGAGAAUCUUUUCCACUGCAAGGGGGAAAGAGCAAACAGCUCAAAGCUUUCCAAAGAACUCACAUCUGGGGUUGAUAUAGUUAUUAAUGAUGCCUUCUCUGAAUCUCAUAAAGUUCUUGCUUCAACAGUUGGUGUGGCUAGCUUUUGCUGUGCCCACAUUGCUGGAUUUUACUUUGACGAGGGCCUAUGUAAGCUGAAGAAGAUCAUCAAGCCAUUUGAAAGGCCCUAUGUGGCUAUUAUCGGUGGAAGCAGUCUUGCAGAAAAAGCUGAUGCUGUGCACUUAUUAGCAUCUAUAUGUGAUGGGUUAGUCUUUGUUGGAAGUAUGGCCUUUCAAAUAAUGCAUGCACUAGGAAUACCUGUUCCCUUGAAACUCGUAGAACAUGGAGCAUUAAACGAAGCGGUCAGGAUAGUGAAGUCUGCAAUAUUAAGAAACAUUCCACUUGGUCUUCCUCAAGAUGUCUGGUGCAUUAAAGAAAAUUUUCCACAUGAAAUGGAGAUGGUUUCUGUUCAUUCUAUCCCUGAAGGUUGGCAACCUGUUGAUAUUGGACCAGGAUCAUUGGAAAAAAUGAUUUCUUUGCUUUCAAAAUGCAAGGUGCUUAUCAAUCUCUAAAAAUGUGUUAACCGACCACAUAAAUAUUGGUAUCCUUCAAUACAUUUUGUAAUCCACACUGUUCUAGUCACUUUACUAAAGCCUGUCAUAGGUAUAACACAUUAUAUGGAAAGAAGCUUACUAGCCAUUCCAAGGGAUUGGAGAGGAUGACAUGCGUGUGAUGCUUCAUAUUUGUUAGAAUAUAAAAACUUUCCUGGGCCACAACCAGAAGCUUGAUUUUUUGGUUGAAUCUGUUCCUUGACAUGGUAUAAAAGCAGGUCUGGUCCGGGUUCGAUUCUUCCUGAAUGUUUGGACGUGGGUUUAGUGAUAUGAGCUACCCGUUUGUGGUUUGGGUUGAGUUGGCUAUAAGAGAUUGAGAUGUCACCGCCCAUUGUGUGGCUAGCUAUAAGAGAUUGAGGUGUUAGACCCGUUUGUCCAAGGAAAACAAAGAGAAAUACCACUAGCAUAUAUAGAAGGGUGUAACCCUACCCAUUGGCUUAAGCUUUUGGGUUAGAAAGUGGAUCCCGACUUUAUAUGCAAGUGGUUAAUUUACCCGACACUCCGCUCGUUGUUUUUGGCCCACCGGAAUUUUAACAUGGUAUUAGAGCCUUCUUGACUAAGAGGUCACAUGACCAAUGUGAAAAGUGCUUCUGAUAGUGGAGUGUUUCCAUCCUAAACGGGCACGGUCUGCAUGUAAUGAUUGCUGAGUAUAGCAAUUUUUUUUCUUUUUUGAGCAUCUUAAAUGUAAUUACCUUGUUUGCCCUGCAAAAUCCUUUCAUGUUCAUUAGAAGAUCAUGUGGAUCGGUCCAGUGAGAUUCAGCACCAACCUACUGGACAACGGCGGGACAUUUAAAUUGGCUGAAGCACUUGGUACUUCAAAUACUUGUGAUGUAACUUUUGUUGGGAACAUGGAUUUUGAUGAAUUACUGGAGAAAUCAAAGUCCUUUUCAGAUGAUAAUUUUCUGAAAAGUGCCACAGUUGUUUGGGAGGUUCUUAAAGGAGGAAAACUUCCAGGGCUCAUGGCAUUAGAUAGAGAAUAUCCAUUUCUGAUAAACUGGAGUACAGCCUAUGAUGAUCCCAUGAGACCUCUGGCCGUCGAUGUCGGAAGUGGGAAUGGCAUGUUUUUGUUUGAGAUGGCAAAGAGGAGAAAAGAUAUGAACUUUCUUGGGCUCGAAAUAAACAGAAAGGUCAUUUUAUUUCAUUAAAAAAUUGAUGCUCCACAAAGUGUAUGUAGUUUAAUAUGACUUUCUUAACUUAUUGUUGGGGUUUAACUCUCGUCUCAGCUGGUGGAUCGUUGUUUAGAUGUCACUUUUCAACUUGGUAUCCACAAUGUGUACGUAGCUUCGUCCUUUUAGCACUGCUUGAUUUGAUAUAUGACUAAAUGGACAUUAUAUUUUUUUUGAAGGUACUAAAUGGACAUUAUAGUUUGGCUGUUUAGCAUAUUCUAAUUACUACUAUCAUGCAUUAAUCUGGUUAUCUUUGAUGCGAAUGAUAUAAAGAACUAUAUCGAAUUAAAUGGGGUGCGACUGCACGAGCUGUUGGGGGUCUUGUAAUUUAUAAAUUAGACGACUUGGACUUGGUGUUUUGAAUCAAACGGGUUCAUUUUUUGUGCAACUAAGAAUCAAGAUCCAGAAGUGUAAGCUAGUAGCGAAUAGUGGACUUAUAAGUUAUUGUUUUAAUAAAAUAGAGAGUACAACAGAAAGGAAGCCUCUUACAUGAUGAUAAUAUCCAGUGCAUCUCUUGUGAAAAUCAAACAUACUGUAGCUAAAUAAAAUUGAAAGGAUACCUUUCCAAUUUAUACCACUAAGUGCACCAAUGCAGAAGAGUGAAAGUACCUAAGUUCCGCCACCAUUAUUCUUAUGGUUCAGCAUGUAAGUGGCUCUGGAGUGGGGG